GCCGCUGCCUGCCCCGCAGGGCUGGAGAAGCCUUCCCUUUCAGUUGCUGGACAUGAUUUUUCUUUUUCUCGCGUUCGUCUUCCCGUGCCUGUGAAGAAGCUCCCCUCUGGUUGCAACAGCAGCAGCAGCAGCUGCUGCAGCGGCGGCGGCAGCACCUCUGGAGAACAGGGCAGAAUGCCUGUGCUAGAUCGAUGUUUUAACUCGGCAGAACUGGACAGAAGGUGGACUCCACGAGAAGGUCUACUGCCCCCAUCCAUGGGCAGCCGGCCAGACUAUCAGCAGGGACCAUUGACCUGGGAGCUGCCAGAGAUGAUCAGGAUGGUAAAGCUUGUUUGGAAAUCCAAAAGUGAGCUGCAGGGGACCAAACAAAGAGGGCUUCUGGAAGCCGAAGAUGCUGUCAACAGCUUCUCAGGAGAUGUACGAGUAAGAGGUCAGACAGGGGUUCCUGCGGAACGCCGUGGCUCCUACCCAUUCAUUGACUUCCGCCUUCUUAACAACACAGCACACUCAGGGGAAAUUGGUACCAAGAAGAAAGUAAAAAGACUGCUGAGCUUUCAAAGAUAUUUCCAUGCAUCCCGGCUACUCCGAGGAGCUAUACCUCCUUCCCCUCUGCACUUCCUGGAUGAAGACUACCUGGGUCAGGCAAGGCAUAUGCUCUCCAAAGUGGGAACGUGGGAUUUUGACAUCUUCUUAUUUGAUCGCUUGACAAAUGGAAACAGCCUGGUCACGUUGCUGUGCCACCUCUUCAACAGCCAUGGGCUUAUUCAUCAUUUUCACUUAGACAUGGUGACCUUACAUAAGUUUUUAGUUAUGGUUCAAGAAGAUUACCAUAGCCAAAAUCCUUAUCAUAAUGCUGUCCAUGCGGCUGACGUCACCCAGGCCAUGCACUGCUUUCUAAUGGAGCCUAAGCUCAGAAGCUUCCUCACACCACUGGACAUUAUGCUUGGACUGCUAUCAGCUGCAGCCCAUGAUGUAGACCACCCAGGGGUGAGCCAACCAUUUUUGAUCAAGACUAAUCACUAUCUUUGCAGUCUAUAUCAGAAUGAGUCUGUGCUGGAGAAUCACCACUGGCGAUCUACAAUUGGCAUGCUCCGAGAAUCAAGGCUCCUUGCACAUUUGCCAAAGGAAAUGACACAGGAUAUUGAACAACAGCUGGGUUCCCUCAUCAAAGCCACAGACAUCAACCGGCAGAAUGAAUUCCUGAUCCGCUUGAGAGAUCAGCUCAACAAUCAGAAUUUGAGGUUGGAAGAUGCUCAGGACCGACAUUUUAUGCUUCAGAUUGCUCUGAAGUGUGCUGACAUUUGCAAUCCUUGUAGGAUGUGGGAGCUGAGCAAACAAUGGAGUGAAAGGGUCUGUGAGGAAUUCUACAGGCAAGGUCACCUCGAGCAGAAAUUCGAACUGGAAAUAAGUCCUCUUUGUAAUCAGCAGAAGGAUUCAAUCCCUAGUAUACAAAUUGGUUUCAUGACCCACGUUGCCGAGCCACUCUUCAAGGAAUGGUCUCAUUUUACAGAUAAUAGUCCCCUGGCUGAAAAUAUGAUAAACAAUCUCACAAGGAACCUGGCCAAGUGGAACAGUUUACAACAUACACAACCCAGCAGUGGUGGUGGCAGUAGUGACAGUAAUAGCAACAAAAUCAAUGACCAAACAGGCCAAGGAACUGAAAAUGAGGAGCAGACUGGAAAUGAAGGAGACACCCCAUAAUAGCAGCCCUGCCCUCUUCCCUUUGGCACUGCGAUCUUCUCUCUGCUAGUCAGGAUGAAGUUUGAAAUCUCAGUGUGCACAGGGCCAUCGAGAGCAUGAAAGGAAACAGAAUCUCGAAGGGUGUCCUUGUCAAUAAACCCAGUCUGCUUCUGGGUUUUGUUCCUGUGCUCUUUGACCCCCUCCGUCCCCAUUUUUCUAAGUGUAUCAAAGCCAUUUGUCACUUCUGAUCAUUAGCUGCUUGAGUGAGGAACUCCGUUCAAUAAGUGCUGAGACUGGUCCCAGGAGCAGGCUUUGCAACUAUCAGGGGAAGAUUGGAGAGGAAGGAAGGCAUUCUUGGCCACAAACUCCAUUUGCCCUUGGUCAUACUGUGACAUGCAGCAGUUCAUAGGUCCAGAGCACUGGACAAUUUUUUUAAAAUCUGGCUACUGAGCUGCACAAUAAACCACCAGCAAAUUUGGAACUCAGAGGACACUGGUUUUAAGUGUGUGGGCAUAAAAGAGGGCAAGAGAAAGAAUCUUUUAUUUUAAUAAUAAUAAUUAUAAUAAUAAUAAUAAUAAACCUUUUUAACUUUUAUAUUCUGUGCACUAGACAAAGGACCUAAAACUCUGGACUAAGAUUACUCUAUCUACCCAACCCGUCCCAGAGGAGGCUCAUUUUGUUAAUAAUUUUUAUGCCACUUUAGGUUAAGAGACUGGCAUCUUCUCAAUUUAAGGAACAGUGGUUUCCUGUCAGAUCUUCGGGGAAGGUGUUGUACAGUCCAUUCCUUCGCACCAUUAACCAAUCCAUCAUUUUUGAUGCCUCCAUUUCAAUGACAUGUUUAUAUUCAUGCAUGUACAUUUCCUGUAAAUACAAGGCGCUACUGAUUCCCAUGCCAAAAUCCAUAAGUAUUAUGGGAUUGCUACCUGUAUAAACAAUGGCACUGUGAACAGAAUAUUGUUAGUUUUAAUACAAGAGAAAGCAUUUGUAAAUAUGGUAUAGAGUUUAUUAAUACACUAUUGUUUGCAGAUAAAGGCCUUAACUUUAAUCAUCUUUCAUCUUCUGAAAGCUUCCUGAACUCAUGUCCUCUCAGAUGUGUUUCUGAACUGCCUUUCCAUGCCCAUCUUUUUCGCUUUUCCAGCUGAGAUCAUAAAACAAAACUGUGUAAUAAUCUUUUUAAGAGAGUUUUUGGAAACUUCACAUGCAUUCCACUCAAGACCAUAGUGUUUAAUCUAUGGCACCUGACAUCACUUCCUCAGAUGAAUAAGAUCCUUCACAAAGCCUGAAGUAAUUUUUCAACACAGCAAUGUUACCCAUUAUAUUUUGACAAGCCAACUGAUGUGCUUGUGUUUCUUAGACUCUUGCUAUGGGCUAUGGCAGUCGGCAAUCUCCACAGGAGACCUAGCAGGUGUCCCAGACCACCUAUGACUCUGCCACCAUGUACCAGUUUGGGGAUUCCAUGCUUUUUACACCUAUGAAGUUGUCUGUUAUGGCUACAGUACCAAAGUAUUCCUUCGUUACGGUUUGGAUUCAUUUCUAUGGUCUUAAAAGUAGCUGGUUUUAAUUUCCUCAUUUCACAAAAACACUCAAUCCAACAAUUCUGGUUGAAAGGGUGUCAUUAUUAUUUUUUUUUUAAAAGGAAAACAUGUUUUCCUUCAAGCCUUUAUUCUUACUGUCAAAGGUUCACUGGCUAAUUACAGCUUUGGCUAGAAUAGUCACCUUAGAUUGCUCUUUUUAGUUCCAGUGUUUUGUUUUGUUUGCAAGGAUUUGCACGUUAAAUCAAUUAUGGCAUUCUACUGCUCUGCCAAGUUCUGUGCAUUGAGCUGUGUGGCCGCACAAGUUCUAGCUUAAAUCACAUUAGAUGAAAAUAGGUGAUGCUGCUUUAUUUUAUCCUUUAAGCAACACUGCAGGGGAAAAAACGACCAUAUCUGCUAUCACUAAGUUGUUUCUGGAAUCCCAGCUAUGGACAGCUCAAUCUUAUUUUCGAAAAAGCAGCAGUUCCCUCUCACUUUAUAUAAUGAUACAUUAGAAAGAUGACCUAAUCAUGAUGAGCAUCUUUGGAGAGAGUGUGAGCUUAGCAGAAUUAAAAUUGGAUAGAAAAUUUAGGAAUGGGAGAUGUCUUGGUAUCAUAACAAAUGAAGCUACUAGGUGAUCUAAUCUAAUUGAAAAUCGAAUAAAAUGGAUGAAUAUCACAUUGAAGUUCAUAAAAAAAAAAGUUAACUAUGAGGAGGGCACUGUUGCCAAUACAUGACAUUAGUUCUCCUUGCUCUGCAGUGGUUUCAAACUGACUAUACAACAAUAAUUCAAAGUGUUCUUUACCAUCUCUGUGCUUAGUGGGACACCAGUAAAGGAAAGUUUGGAUAGGCUCCUCCUCCCAAAUCUCUCUAGCCUACCAGUUUUAGCUGGAUGUUGUAGAGAGGGCUUUUGAAUAGCCUACUGUUCAACAUCUUUAAGAUCAUAUCAGGGAAGGUAAUCAUGGGGCUAAUAAAGUAGAGGCAGAAGAAGGUGAGAUCUCUUGUAGCUAGAUGUGUGGCUUCUUUGUGUUUAAGAAAUGCCUCAUGUUUAAAUUAUAAUUUAAAUAAAAGAAUAAGGUUUGUGGGGUGUUGCUUUUAUUUUUAACAGUAUCCAAGAUUGCAAAAGUAUGGGUCAUAAAUAUAAACCUUAGAAUUUGGAGGAGGGGAAGAGGAUGCCACAGAAUACUACCAAAUACCUAAGGAGUUAAAACUCCCAAUGGAGCUGGCUUCUAGGAUACAGGUUGUGAACAAAUUGAACAAUGCUGCAUGAGCUAGAUAGCAAUGUCACUUAUUCAGCGCCUGCUUGCCCACUUUGUAAAUUCUGUUUCUCCAACUGCAUGCUAUUUAAACGUUGCCUGGCAUUAGCACCUCCAAUAGAAGACUGGCAAAGGAAGGAGGUGGCAAAACUAAAAUCACCUCUAGGGGCUUCUUCACAUUAGCUACUUUCAUACUCAAGAGGGGAGCUUAAAAAGAUUGUUAGUUACAAAAAAGGUACUGGAUUGAUUGGAUUUUAUUUGUACUAUUAUUGUUCCAUUCUGCCAUGGUCCAUGAAUCUUCAGGAAUAGACCCUCAUUUCUUUGGAAGAGAGUAGUCAAAAAGCCACAAAAGUGAAAAGUAAAAUCAAGUUGAAAGAGUACAUAGUUGCUAGGUGAGAUUAGACAUUCGAUUGAUUUUCUCUAUUAUGGUAGCAGUGAAGAAUGAUCGGGCAGAGUAGGCAUCUAGGGGCACUAUCCUAAAUUCAAGUGAAGAUUAUGCUCCUUUCCUAAUUGCUUAAGGGAUGCUGAUAGUAGCCAACUAUUUUGAAUACCUUGUGAUAUUCCCUAUUAUGACCUGUUAUGAGUACCUUCUGCAAUGAUAUCAUGAUACCUGUUACCAAAUAACAGUUUGGAAUUGACUCAUCCACAUGAGCUUAGAUCUCACCCAAAUUUAUGAGGCAAAAUAUUAUAAGUGGAUCCUUUUGAAUAAAGCUCUACCUUUUAGAUUUCAAAAACUAACAACAAUUUUGUCCAACCUUGGCCUCUCCAAUCAUUGGAUAUUCCAGAUGA